GGUAUCUUGGUACCAUAUUGGAUAGUGUUUUCUUUGCUUUCGUGCAUUCAUUAAUUCUCAUAUCAGAACAGUAGCCAGUCAUAUACCGUGCAAAGAUAAAACAUCAUGUGGAUAAAUAACAACGCCAUGAAACUGCUUCUUCUUACCAGCCUCGUGUUCGUGGCGCAUGGAAGCUUGCUUCCGACACUUAAGCGCGCCGGUUCACACUGUGGGCCACAGACGUUGUUUACUGAAAACAACGGCCACCUACAAAGCCAUGAUUCUUACGUCUCCGGAGCCAACUAUUACGAAAAUAUGGAUUGCACAUGGGUUAUCGAGGCGCCAGCUGGGUUGAAGGUAGAGCUCGUUCCAGUUACCUUUCACCUGGAAAAUGAUAACGAUUGCGCCUAUGACUACAUAGAGCUGUUUGAUGGUAAUGGUAUAGGCUCUCCUUCCAUGGGCAAGUACUGCGGCGGCGUAUUCGCUCCAAUCUCUUCUACCGGAGAAUACCUCACUGUACGCUUUGUAACGGACGACAGCUACCACGAGUCAGGAUUUGAUUUAUUCUACAAUUUCACAUCAACCGUUAUUCACCAAUGUCACGUUAGCCAGUUCAAAUGCAGUAACGGUGACUGCAUUGACGCCUCUCUGCACUGCGAUAACAGCAGUGAUUGUUCGGACAAAAGUGAUGAAAAGGACUGUGGUGGAGUUAGCGGAGGAGGUUGCCAAGCUUACGAGUUCACCUGCACAAAUAAGCAAUGUGUGUCACGUGACUAUCUGUGCGACGGAGACGAUGACUGUACUGACAACUCAGACGAACUUCCGGAGACAUGCCACAUGAUCGCUCAGAACCUGCGGCUAUGUGGAGAGAAAACCAAGGCUGGAGCGUCUGGAACCCUCACCAGCCAAAACUACCCGAACGCUUAUCCAAACGACGUUCACUGCGUCUACCGAAUACAGGCGCCGCCCGGAACACACAACAUCCAUUUCUCGUUCGCCAGCUUGUUCAACGUGGAACCCGAUAACACGUGUGAUUACGACUGGGUUAAGGUCACGGGUGAUGCUGAUAAAUAUAACCAUGGACCCUUUUGUGGAAACUCUACCCCCGCUGCAUUCAGCGUACCCGGAGACCACGCCUUCGUAGCCUUCUUCACGGACGACUCUGACACUUUCCCUGGCUUCAGCCUCUCUUGGAAUUCUAACUAGAUGACUAGAGUCACUGAUUUAGUCCACUGGCAGACCCACAGGAAAAAAAACAACAACACUGUAUUGUUCUGUUUUGUUGACAUACACACAUAAAAAUAUUUUCAAUUA